ACGUGGUGCAAGAGGUGUGCGUGUACGAGCUGACCGCACUCUCCUCACGGGUCACAACCGAGAAAGAAACUAUGGAUUUUACCCCUGAAGAACUUGAACUUCCCACCUGCAAGUAUGAAUACCUUGACCAUCCUGCAGAUGUUCAAAUUCAUGCAUGGGGCGAGAGUUUGGGUGAGGCAUUUGAACAGAGUGCAGUUGCGAUGUUUGGCUAUAUGACUGAAAUAGACACAGUGGAGAUUACUGACCGGCAGGAAAUUGAAGCCAGCGGACAUGACAUUGAAAGCCUACUGUAUCAGUUUCUUGAUGAGUGUUUAUACAUAUUUUCAGCAGAACCUUUUUUCAUAGCACGUAAAGUUGUCGUCAAAGAAUUUAAUAAAGAAGAAUUUAGUUUGAAAGCUGUAUUAUAUGGCGAAGAGUUCAGCCUGGAGAAGCACCCACAGGGCACAGAAGUGAAGGCCAUAACAUAUGCUAGUAUGCAGGUGUAUGACACUGGUAAUCAGCAUGAACUCUUUGUUAUUAUUGAUAUCUAAUAGGUUAUUAUUGAUAGCUAAUUGGUUAUCAUUGCUGUCUAAUCUGUUUGAUUCUGCUGUUCUGCUCCAAAGAGUUUCUCCAUCUAAUUAUUAUUGACAUCUAAUUGGUUGUUAUCAAUAACAACUAAAUAUCAAUGUCAGAUUUGUUAUGGAUUUCUAUUUUAUCAUUAAUAUGUUAAUGAUAUUUUAAUUUAAUAAAAUUGUUAUUAUUGCCAUGUAAUUUUAUUAAAAUUAAGGGGAAUAGUUCCUUCUCACUUGCAUAUGCCCUAGCUUGUGUUUUGUUACAUUGUAUUGACCUUUGUACACAGAAACAGCCAGUGUGAAGGACAACUUAAUAAAGAUCAGUCUAUCCUUUUUAGUUUGUAAAUUAUAUAUAAAAUGAAUGUCUUAAUAAGAAAAAUAAAUACAGUGCUUUGCAAUAAAGAGUGGCUGAUAUUUUCUCAUGCAAUAUAAUAAUGCAGAAUGUGAAAUAAUUUACCUGAAUUUUAUGUAAGGAUAUUUUCACAUGUACAGUACACUACAUCCGUCCAGAUCUGGACCUACCUAUAGUGGACCCUCUAAACAACGGACCUAAUAAAUCCUAACUCACAGGAUUUCCCUCUGAAAUUCAGAUGUAAAAUAAAAAAAAAAAGACAGACAGACAUGGGUUGGGGAUAAAUGCAGUGAAAUCUGUUGCUAAUCCAUCAUGUAAAGAAAUUUCCAUUUUUUCUCGUUACUUAGCUUGGCUUUUUAUUAUAGAAAUUAUUAUAAUUAUUAUUAUAGAAUUAUAUUAUAGAAAUGUUUUGUUCAGCUCGUACUGUACAGGCUUCCUGUCCUCGUCGAGGCCACUAGUGUUAGUGGCUAUCGGGUAAAUCAGGUAAAAAUUACACAAUAAAGAUGGAUAUACAUUUUUUCAUGUAACAUUCUCAUAAUAUUGAUCAUAUCAGUAUUAUGUGACAACAUUAUCCAUAUAAAAUAUGGAACAAUAUUAAUACUGUGUAUUCCUAUUAAUAUAUUCAGAAUUGUCAGUUCUUCUGGAUUCUGAUAUCUUGACCACUUCAGGGCCCCUCUGACUGGUGUGCUCCCCAGACAAUUUCUCAAACAUUGAUUUCACUUGUAGAAUUAUCAUUCAUCUGGCAGUUAUGCUCUAGCCUCAGAAAAAUUCUCCUGGCCGAGGGAACACACAGACCCGUGUCUCUUUAGACAUGCAGUGAAAUUGUCUGGGUUAGGUUUCUCUCCAUAAGAGAAAUAAGGGUUUCUCUUUAUAAGAGAAACUUUUGUAUUCAUGCAUAUCAUCAUUGCCCACUUUUGUAUUCAUGCAUAUCAUCAUUGCCCACUUUUGUAUUCAUGCAUAUCAUCAUUGCCCACUUUUGUAUUCAUGCAUAUCGGUCAUCAAUACUCAACAGCACUCGCCCGGUGCUUCACGAGUGCUCUGGCCUGGGGUGCCACUCUAACUGUAGCCUCUGUUCACCCAACGGUGAAUGGGUACCUGGUUGUUAAACGACUUGGAGGGUCAUAUUCCAGGAGAAAACUAGGAUUAAGGACCUGCCCAAAAUGCUAUGCGUGCUAGUGACUUCACAAGAAUGUGAGAACUCCUGUAUAUACAGUAUAUAAAUAUAUAUAUACAAAAAAUACUGGCUUAUGGCUUUCAUGGGGUGAUGAGCCAGCAGCUUCAAGAAGUUAGAAGUCUAGGAACCCUGGUCAGAGAAUGGGCCUCGGGAACAUUGAUCCUUGAACCAAUAACAGGUAGGUAGCUGUACUAGAAAAGGCUAAAGCAAAAGCUUGCAAAAACACACACCCAAUCAUUCACUAUAAUGUUCACAGAAGAGUAUAAUAGAGAAGGUUUUCAUAUGCCAUAUCAAAAGUAGCAGGAAGUUUUAACCCUAUAGGAUGGUAUUUCUAGUGUUUAGUUACUCUUAUAGGACUAAAUUUAUCAAAUGUAUGAACCAGAUUUGACUGAUAAAAUUGUACAUGAUAACAUGUAAUGUACCGAAAUAAAAAGCAUCUCCUUACACAGGUACAGUAGUCACAUAAUUAAUACAAUUAUAAUUCUGUAUAUACUGUACAGUGGGGCAUCCCUGACUCAUAAGUGGCCUCAUAUCCUGCAUUUCACCCCAAGUCCUAUUAAACAAAUUAUGAUUGUGACUGAAGGAAUUUUAAUGUUCUGUUAAUCUUUAUUAUUUUAAUGAUUUUUACAAUGUUAGUAGUGUGAGGAAAGGGAUGCAUUCCUCUUUUAUUUUUUUAAUUUUAAAAUAUAAUACAGUACUGUAUAAUGUUAUCACAUGUUAUUUACAUGGUUAUAAACCAAACAUAUUUAAUUAAUGCACUUUGUACUAGGAACUUGCACCUUUGCAACUUCCCCAAUAACUUAAAAAAAAAAAAAUCAAACAUCAGUGUCUUAUGUUGGUAUUUAGGUCUCAGGUCAGGUACUGAAUUGUUGUUGUUGUUCAAUUCCAUGUUUGAAUUUAAUAGAAAUGUAUAUAAUGUAUGAAGCAUGAUAUGUAAAUGAAUACCUUUUAAAGCCCAGACAUCUAAUUUAAUUAUUUUGGUACUGCUAUAUGAAAUACUUAGCAUCCAAUUUGUGUUGUAAGGCAGUCACUUUCUACAGAAAAUUGUUAAUUUAAUUUCUUUAUAAAAUAAAAUGUUAAAAUUGUA